AGGUCAGGUCUCGGUCUACUAGGGUAGCCCACGCGUCUCAUCUUCUUCCCUCUCUCCGGGCGGCGGCGGCGGCGGACGAACCCCGUCCUCAGCAAAAAUGACAACUGGCUACAUUGUCGGCUCGCUGGUUGGAUCCUUUGCCAUUGCAUAUCUGUGUGACACGUUUGUUUCCGACAAGAAGGCAUUUGGAGGUAGCAUUCCCAAGACUGUUUCUGACAAGGAGUGGUGGCAAGCCACUGACACCAAGUUUCAGGCCUGGCCUCGCACUGCUGGACCACCGGUUGUCAUGAACCCCAUCAGCCGCCAGAACUUCGUUGUCAAGUCCACUGAGUAGGCGAGAGGAGCUGGUUCGGCGACUUGUUUCCACCAUGAAGCGAAUUCUUUCAUAGGUCUUAAAUUUUAAUAAAGAUAAUUGGCAAUUUUCAUCAUUUCAUCUGUGAGCAAACAUCAGGGCUUGCAGCUUACUUGUCAUUCAAUGGUUUCUGUUCCUUGGUGAAGUUUCCCACCAGGAAGUAAAGAAUUGCAGUGUUUUCCCA